AUGGAGGAGCGAUGUUCGAAGGAUUUGAACGUAGAAAAGUCGAAACAAGUGGGGCGGCCAUCAACCUUGUUGUGGGGGGGCAGUGGCCCGGCUUUGCUGCUGCUUCACGGCUACCCCCAGACCCACACUAUGUGGCACAAGGUAGCUCCUCGUCUCUCCGAGGAUUUUACAGUAGUGGCAGCUGACCUGAGGGGAUAUGGAGACAGCGACAAGCCUGCCGGGGACUCCGAACACAUUAAUUAUUCAAAGCGAGCCAUGGCCAGAGACCAGGCGGAAGCGAUGGAGAACCUGGGUUUUGACACGUUCUUCCUGGCCGGACACGACCGAGGGGCCCGGGUGUCACACCGCCUGACCAAAGACUACCCGGAGCGGAUCAGGAAACUCGCAACCCUCGACAUUAUUCCGACCCACCGAAUGUUCCAGAUCGUCAACAAAGAAAUGGCUUCCAACACGUACCACUGGUUUUUUCUCAUCCAACCUUACGAUUUCCCUGAGCGAGUGAUUGGCGCAGGGGCCGAUUUCUUCAUUCGGUCCAGUUUUCAGCGCUUCCCGAGUUGGGAGAGCAUAUUCCCUUCCGAGGCCCUGGAAGAGUACGUAAGGUGCUCAACCGACCCGGACUCGAUCCAUGCAAUGUGUGAGGACUAUCGGGCGGGCGCCAGCAUCGAUCUGGUUCACGACGAUGAGGACUUCGAAAGCAAGAUAACAUGCCCGCACCUGGCGUUGUGGAGCGACCGGGGAUACGUUGGCAGGACCCAGGAUGUAUUGGCCGUUUGGAGCGACUACUCCACAAACGUCAGGGGGCACUCCGUACCCUCAGGUCAUUACAUUGCGGAAGAGUUGCCGGAUGUAACUUACGAAACCUUAAAGACAUUCUUUCUUGAAUAG